AUGAAGGACCGAACGGCAGCCGCAUUAACAGAAGAUGCGCGGACAGCAGUGAAGACAACCCGUGGCCGCCCGCCUAAACACCAACAGGUAUCGCAACACAAUCAGAAGUUGGCAACAAACCGUAUCUUCUUUCUUUACGCCUCACUGGCGGGAACCUUUGGCGCUCUCUCCGCUGUUGUUGGUAAACUCGCCGUUGCCGAGAGCAGCGGAGAGUCCAUUGCCGCACUGGCGACCCCAUUGCUCUCCGCUGUGGGCGUCCAUAUCGCCGGCGCACAGCUUUCCGGUGUGUUGCUCCUCGCAGUGCGGGGUCUUCUACUCGCCGUGAACGCCUUUUGCACAGCGCAGAUGUGGCGGUGGUACCUGAAGGCCCUCUCGUGUGGCCCCACAGCAGUCUGCCAGAUUAUCAACACAGGGACGAACUUCGCUGUGAGCGCCCUCUUUGGUCUCUUGGUGUUCCGAGAGGAGAUAACUGUGUCGUGGGCGGCGGGGGCCCUUCUUGUCGUUGUGGGGCUCGCAUUGGUUGUGACGGACGCGGAUGCCCCUGUGCGGUAG